CUGGGCGGAAGCGCUGUUCCUGUUUCAGGGAGGGGUUCGGGCAUAGCCGGGCUUCCAAUAGAUUUUUGGGUGGCUGCCGAUACCUGGAGAUCCCGAGCACCGUGUAAGCUGUCAGCAUGUGCUCCAGAGAGGACGAGUAUGACUAUUUAUUCAAAGUGGUGCUGAUUGGAGAUUCUGGUGUGGGGAAAAGUAACCUCCUGUCUCGAUUCACUCGCAACGAGUUUAACCUAGAGAGUAAAAGUACAAUUGGUGUAGAGUUUGCUACGAGAAGCAUCCAGGUGGAUGGAAAAACAGUCAAGGCUCAGAUCUGGGACACUGCUGGUCAGGAGAGAUACAGAGCCAUAACCUCCGCGUAUUACCGAGGAGCUGUGGGUGCACUGCUGGUCUACGAUAUUGCCAAGCAUCUAACUUAUGAGAAUGUAGAAAGGUGGUUAAAGGAGCUCCGGGACCAUGCAGACAACAACAUAGUCAUCAUGCUGGUCGGCAAUAAGAGUGAUUUGCGCCACCUGAGGGCUGUGCCUACUGAUGAAGCAAGAGCAUUUGCAGAAAAGAAUGGAUUGUCGUUCAUUGAGACAUCCGCAUUGGACUCCACAAAUGUGGAAGCUGCAUUCCAGACAAUCCUUACAGAGAUUUACCGCAUUGUGUCUCAGAAGCAGAUGUCAGACAGACGCGAGAAUGACAUGUCUCCCAGCAACAACGUUGUCCCCAUUCAUGUUCCACCCACCACUGAAAAUAAACCAAAGAUGCAAUGCUGUCAGAACAUAUAAUGGCUGCUGCCUGUGCUGUGCCAGGCUUGUAUACCUGUGACCAGAUCUAGAGAUACCAGGCUUUGUACCAUGGUCAAGCUCUAGAACCGCCCGGCUCUGUAUAUUCCCCAUGUCCUGCACUGGACUCUUUGGAAUUCUUUUUUGUUUUUUUUUGUUAAUAUAUAUUUUUUGAGUGUACGUGUGUAAGAACUUUAAUUUUACUAUUCCAUCUGGAUUUUUACAUGUCUUAAAUUCCUAUGAUUUGAAACUUCCUGUAUUAAAGAAAAAAAAGAUAAAAUUCUUCUUUCUCUCUCAGCCUCACCCCUUCCCUACUCUUCACAUUUCUCUUCUUUAAAGACAGAAUGAUUCCAGGUUCUCCCCACUCCCCAUCCAUUCAGAGAAGUCUGUAUAAUAUAUGAAAUAAAAGCAUGUUGCCUGCUAUAGGCAUCCUUCCUGAUA